AUGUGUGGGAUGGAGAAUUUGGAAUUGUUUCAAGUUCCCCCCACCAAUAUAGCCCUAGAAGAAUCCAAAUGGAUGGAAUACUAUCCCAUCUCCAGUACUCUCCAAUCGGAAACAGCACCCAUUGAAUUCGACAUUCAAGGACAAGGAGAUGAAUACAUUGAUCUCUCUCAGACUUAUGUUCAGAUUGUCUGCAAAUUCACUAAAGAUGAUGGCACUGCCUUGACAGGAGCUAACACUAGUGUCACUCCGGUCAAUAACAUUAUACACUCCUUAUUCUCGGAAAUCGAUGUCACUCUGAAUGGUAAAAUCAUCACUCCAGGAACGGAUACUUAUCCUUACAAAGCUUACCUGGAGAAAUUACUCUCCUAUCGACCCAAAACUUUAGAAACUCAAAUGAAAGCAUGUAGUUUGUGGGAAAAAGACACAGCAGGUCAUAUGGAUGAUGCCUUAACCACUGCACCCACCCAGACCAAAACUCAAUUUAAUGUGGUAGAUGACAAAGUAACAAUAAAUGCCGCUCAGCUGGGGUUUCCCCUACCCGCCGAUGGCGAGAAUGAAGGUCUAAGAAAACGCCGCGAUGCAAUCGAAAACAGUAAAAAGAUUACUUUAAUUGACCGACUUUACGUAGAUCUCUUUCAACAGGACAGAUUUAUUCCCAAUGGAGUAGACAUUCGAUUGAGAUUCAAUCGAGCCAAACCUGCCUUUCACCUGAUGGCUCAUGCAGGAAGCUCAGGGAAAAUCAGCAUUCUGAGCAUGUUACUGUGGGUGAGAAAAGUCAAACCUACGGCUACGGUACUCAAUGCCAUCAACGAAAGAUUAAAUUCCGAAACGGUUAAAUUUCCCUUGAGACGAGUGGAGGUCAAAACCUUUACCAUUCCACAAGGAACUCAAUCCAAAAUCACCGAUCACCUGUUUCAGGGUCAGAUGCCGAAAAGAAUCGUUUUGGGAUUUGUAGAAAAUGCUGCUUUCAAUGGCGAUCUCACUAAAAAUCCCUUCAAUUUCAAGAAUGCCAAUGUCAAAAAGUUAGACGUGAGCAUUAACGGGGAAACCAUAACUACCAGGCCCUUCGAACCGGAUUUCGCUAACGAUUUGUAUCUCCGAUCCUAUCUGAGUUUAUAUCAAGGUUUAGGUAAAUUUGGAGAAGAUUGGGCUCCUGACAUCAGUUUCGAAGAAUAUAAAGACGGUUACACCCUGUGGUGCGUAGACUUCACCAAAGAUCAGGAGGCGCAGCUGGACAAAUUUCAUCUCAUUGAAACGGGAAAUUUGAGAAUCGAAGUUCAAUUUUCACAAAACACGGCAACAACCCUCAAUUGUUUGGUGUAUGCUGAAUUUGAUAACUUGUUGGAAAUCAACAAACAGAGAGAAGUCAGUGUUGACUAUUGA